AUGAAGUCCGCCCUCAUCUUAUUUCUGGUCUUUAUAGGCCUGGCUGCUGCCUGGUCAAAGGAUGACUAUGAAAUCUUUCGUCUUCGGGAUGAGGUCGCCACGGCCGAAGGGGCCAACGUGACUUUCUACGAUUUCCUCGGAAUUCGUCCCAAUGCCAAUCAUGACCAAAUCACCAAGGCCCAUCGUCAAAAGUCGCGAACCCUCCACCCGGACAAGGUGAAACGUGCCUUCGUCGCCAACUACGCACAGGACAAGUCCAAGUCCAAGACCACCAAGCCAGGCGUUCACGUCAACUCCGGUCCCUCCAAGCGCGAAAUUGACGCCGCCGUGAAAGACGCCAAUGCCCGCUCCGCUCGCCUGAACACCGUGGCCAAUGUCCUCCGCGGACCUUCCCGCCAGCGCUACGACCAUUUCCUCAAGAACGGAUUCCCGCUCUGGAGAGGAACAGGUUACUACUAUAGUCGUUUCCGUCCUGGCCUUGGAACCGUCAUGACUGGUUUAUUCCUUGUCUUCGGUGGUGCUGGUCAUUACGGUGCACUUAUCCUGAGCUGGAAGCGUCAGCGCGAGUUCGUGGAUCGCUAUAUUCGUCAGGCUCGUCGUGCGGCUUGGGGUGAUGAAUCUGGUGUACGUGGUAUCCCUGGUCUUGAUUCCGCUGGUUCUUCCACCCCGACUCCUUCUUCCGAGACUGAGCAGCCUGCUGCUGUCGCGGUGAACCGUCGUCAGAAACGGAUGAUGGAUCGUGAGAAUCGGAAGGAGAAGAAGAGUGGAAGAGUUGCGCCGGCGCGUAGCUCCGGUACCUCGACACCUACUGAACAAGUGGUUUCGACUGGUGAGCGGAAGCGUGUUGUGGCGGAAAAUGGAAAGGUGUUGAUUGUUGAUUCCAUUGGCAAUGUUUUCUUGGAACAGGAGUCUGAGGAGGGUGAACGUCAGGAGUUCUUGUUGGAUGUUGAUGAGAUUCAGCGUCCUUCUUUCCGGGAUACCAUUGUUUGUAAACUUCCUGUUUGGGCUUUCCGCAAGACUGUUGGUCGGGUUCUUGGCUCCAAGGAGGAGGAGGAGGAGAUUAUCGAGGAGGUCGAGGAAGAAGUUGAGGAGGUUGUUGAGUCUACUGCUACUUCAAAUGGUCGCUCCGCUCGUCGUCGUGGUAAGAAGGCUCAGCGAUCAUAA